AUGUCCACCACCGAAAAGAAACAGUUCAACGACACCAUGGGACACGAACCGACGAACCAUGGCGAGGGUGUCGUCCAACAUGUGCAACUUGGAUACUCGACAACCCUCACGAAGAACCGCUCCUUCUGGAGUAUUCUCGGCAUGGCUCUUGCUAUUGUCGCAGUUCCUUACGGUUUCGGAUCGCCUAUGAUCAGUUCCGUCUACGGCGGUGGUCAGCUCUCAAUGUUCGUCGGCCUCAUCGUCGUCCUUGUGCUUGAUGGGGCUGUGGCUGUCUCACUUGCUGAGCUUGCGUCGCGGUAUCCCACCUCCUCGGGCGUCUACUACUGGUCCUACCGGCUCUGCGGUGAACACAAAAAUAUGCGAAAACUACUUUCGUUUAUCACAGGAUGGUUCUGGCUGAUUGGCAAUUGGACCAUCACGCUGUCCGUCAAUUUCGGGUUUGCUUCACUGAUUGCGGCGACCGUCUCCGUCUAUCACCCGGAGUGGACUGCAUCAAGCUGGGAACUACUACUCAUCUUCUACGCUGUAUGCGUCCUGACGUUUACCAUCUGUGCGUUCGGAGACAAGAUGCUACCCAUCGUCGACGCCGCGGCCGCAAUUUGGAGCGUCGUUACAAUCAUUGCCGUCUUCAUCGGCGUCGUCGUCCAAGCGAAAUCAGGCCGACACUCAGCGUCCUAUGCUCUUGGGAAUUACGACACCAGCUUCUCAGGUUGGGGUCAAGGUUUCACUUUCUUCAUCGGCCUAUUGCCUCCAGCGUACGCUUUCUCGGCCAUCGGUAUGAUAACUUCCAUGACGGAGGAGUGCGCAGACCCCGAGGUAGAGGUGUCGCGCUCGCUCGUUCUUUGUAUACCGAUCGGUGGCAUUGCCUCGCUUUUUUUCGUCCUGCCGCUUUGCUUUACGCUACCACCGCUCGAAGCCAUCCUGGCGGCGCCCAACGGCCAAGCUCUACCAUUCAUCCUUGCUACGGUGAUGGGAACAAAGGCCGGCACCAUAUUUCUCAUGGUCAUGGUCUUUUUGGUCACACUUUUUUGCUCCAUCAGUAUCACUACAGGCGCUUCACGCUGCACGUGGGCUUUCGCCCGCGAUCACGCACUGCCACUCGCUAACAUCUGGACCCGUACCAUCGCCGACUCGCCCAUCUAUGCUUUAGCCCUCGUUACAAUAAUCGAGAUGCUUCUUGGACUCAUAAAUCUGGGGAGCAGUGCGGCAUUUACAGCGUUCGCUUCUGUGGGGGUUAUAGCGCUGGCUAUCGGAUACCUGGUUCCUAUUGCCAUCAGUCUGGGCACAUGUCGUAAAGAGGUCUCACACGCGCGUUGGAAUGUCGGCCACUUCGCAGGCACAGUGGCAAAUGUCCUUGCUAUUGCGUGGAUAUUAUUCGAGCUUGUUCUUUUCAGCAUGCCGACGGCACUUCCAGUUAGCGAAGUUUCGAUGAAUUAUGCUUCGGUCGUAUUGGUCGGCCUAGUGUCACUGAGUGGCAUUUGGUAUGCGAUGUCUGGAAGAAAACAUUUCACCGGACCGCCAGAUGAGAUCGACGAGAUGUACUAA